UUCCAACCUUCUUCAUUCUGUUUACGCGUAUUUUCUUCGGUCCACACUCACUUCGUUCUACUUUCCUUAUUUCCCAAGACUCUCAAUUUCUUUUCCUACGUUCCUUACUCCCAAAGACUUCCAAUUUCCUCUCUCCCAACCUUCCUUAUUUCCCACAGACUCUCGUUUCCCUUUCUUUCUUUCCAUUUGUCAUAUACACUCUUUUCAUCUGUCUUUACACACAGAUUCUUCAAUUCUCCAGCUCUUCAAUCUCGACAAAAGCUCUCAUCGCAGUCCAAUUCUGCCUCCAGUCAUUACAAUGUCCAAUAAAUCCAAGAUCAGCGCGGCUGAAAAAGAGAUCUGCUUCGGCUUUAUUCAGAGCCAUCUGAGUGCCGAAUCAUCCAAGAGCACCCGUUCCAUCGACAGCGACUCUGAGCCCGCUACCAGGGAUGACGCCCCUUUCAAGGGCCAAGAUGACUCCGUCGUUGUUAAAAAGGAGCAGUCUACGGGAAGCGAUACUGACAGCGUCCAUACCCCAGAGCGUGGCAUGUCAAAUGGCGUCAGUGGAAUCGACACACGUUCAUCGUUCAUCCGUCUUGGCAAGGAAAUACAGGCCCAGGAUCCUUUCAGUGCCUGUAUUCCUUCUGAUGAGAAUGGAGGGUCUCCUACUAGCCGCGGUAUGCGCCGUCGUGCUGCUCGGGAGAAUGUGAAGCAGCUCAGGUCUUGCCGCUCAACUCCAUCCACGAAUGAUAAGAUCAUGAAGAACUGGCGUGUCGCCGAACCUACUUCUGAUAAUUGUUCCCCAACAAGUGCCAAGCGCAGCCAUGCCAGCCCACAAGCGUGCAUCCCGGAGGCUGUUGUUAUCGACAAGAACAACUGUCAACUAUAUUAUUCACCAGACAGCUGCCUCUUCGUUGCCAAUUUGAACAGCCAACAUGACGAGGUUGAGCUUGAGGCUGCAGUCACCGAGGUAUUCCGUAAAUACGGCACCGUUUACGUCAAGAUCACCCGCGACAAGAAAAAUAUGCCAAUGGGCUUCGUUCAGUUUACCAAUAGCUCUGAUGCUACCCUUGCCAGAGAGAAGGCCAAAGGCACUGUUAUUUUCGGCCGCGGGUGUCGCAUUGAGUGGUCCAAUGCGAACCGUAACUACCACCUGACACGCCAUGAUGGUAUCGAAGUUACCGAAGAUAUGGCUCGUGCAAUUCUUGAGGAGUUUGGUGAACUUGAGCGUGUUCACUUUCCGUCUGAAACGGAGAUUGUCAUUUUCAACCUCGGCCGCGGUCCUCUGGUCACGUUCGUCAACUACCAGAGUGGUCGAGAGGCACUGAAUGAGCUGCGCGACUCUGAUGAAUGGAACUUCCAAGCCAAGAUCAGUGAGCGUAACUCGUCUCCCUUUCAAUCUGGAAAGUCGGCAGUUUCACGUAGCUGCUUCACUGCUAAAACCUACCUCGAAAAUUACGACGUCGACAGACGCUCUAUUUUCGUUGCCAAUCUCCCAGCAAAUACUACGGAGUCUCAGAUUCAUGACCUCUUUGACAACAUAGGUCACAUUGUCAACAUCACCAUUAAUCGUCGCCCAUCCGUUCGUGAGGGGUGUGACGUUAAUGUUUUUGCAUACGUGGAGUUCGCUAAUCCUGGUUCCGUCCAGGAUGCUAUUGAGGUUAUGAAUAUGUAUUCGUACGGUGGCAGUCGCCUCAAAGUCGACCAAAAGAAGCCACAGGAUAUGGUCGCAUCUGCUCGUCGGAAGCCUCUUGCUCAACGCAUCACACAUGAUAGCAACGGUAGCACGGCGGUAACUCCAUCAUACUACGGGUCACCAUAUCCAUACAUGGGAUACCCGCCAACCCCUUACACUGGCAGCACCUAUCCUGGAUAUGCUCAUUAUCCCUACCAUAUGGCACCCUACUGCUACUCUAGCAGCCCAGGCUAUGCCGCAACCCCAGUCUCCAACAACGGCAACGGUCACGGUCAUGCCACUACUGGCCCGCCUCCGGUAUUUGCCAUUCCAACUCCGUAUGGACAGGUUGAUUACUACGGCCAAAACCAGGUGCUUCCGUACGCUGUUCAAUACGGCCCGCAGGCUCAUAUCUUCCAACACACAGCGACUGGCGACGGCACAGAUGCUAAUGUUUUCAACACUCCUUCUGGUAGUGGCGAAGCUACCGAUUCGUACCAAAGUGUGCAAUGAGCGCGCCGCAUCUUGUGUCCUGGGCAUUCUACGUUGAUGUGAUGGAUCCCGCUCAUUCAGCUGAUUAUUUCAUUCCCAACCGACAAACAUUCUCGCUCUACCGUUCUAUCAACUGGCUUUUUAUCAUGCUUUCCCCGCGUCAGUGCUGAUGGGUAUGUCUGCUUCAAUUUUUCCAGCUCAACGCAAUUCGCUUUGUUGAUAUCUUAUGCGACUCGUGGGCCUUCGGGCAGGUUCGGUCAGGAUGUCCUGUACCAAGCGUCCUGUCUCAACGCUCCGAGCUACUUCAGCUCUUGGGAUGGGGUUUCCGUGCCAGCCCGUGGCAGUUUGUCGAGAAAAUAUAUCAGAUGGCAUUUCAAAUUUCAACAAGCUCGUUAUUGUGGAAACACUUUGUUUUCAAGGUUUAUCAUGCUGGUGGCAUGAUCUUAAUGGUAAUAUUGGCCUGCUCCGCUGGUUUCUGCAUAAUCAUGGCAAAUCCGACAUAGGAUAGGGUCCAGUCGAAACACCCAAAGAAAGCAAUUGCUUGCGGCUAUUCUAGUUAAACUGCUCGGGCUAGUUCCUGUACAUAGUAGUUUACAAUAAUAAACAGCUUUCUUGCGAAUUUCCGGGCUGGAGAUCCUCUCUAGCUGUCCUCUGCACGGCUAGAGACGGCAUAGCGUUGGUGCGGCACGUGGUAUGGCAGCUAAAAGUCACUAACUCGAUUAGAAGAGCAUCCAGGAGCGAAAGCUAAAAUGGCGAUACCGGACUGGUGUGUAAAUU